AUGGCGAUGGUGAACAUGAACAACCUUCUGAACGGCAAGGACAGCCGCUGGUUGCAACUGGAGGUCUGCAGGGAGUUCCAGAGGAACAAGUGCUCCAGGCCGGACACCGAAUGCAAGUUCGCGCAUCCGCCGGCCAACGUCGAGGUGCAGAACGGCAGAGUUACCGCUUGCUACGAUAGUAUUAAGGUAAUGCUGGAUGAAGUGUCUUACAGACCAAAUCAUUUACAUUACUGUAACUUCUACAACAGUUUACUAUUAACCGAGGCUGUAGAUGAAAAUUUUCCAUUCAGCAGCUCAGAACUGGAUUUUUUUGACGCCUUGUGA